GUCUGUGUUACUGUCCGACACAAGAAGGUUGAGUUCAGGUGCGGGACAGGAGAGACCGACAACCUGCGGAUACAGCAGGACGACAAGCGACUUAACUCAUCACCGCUUUAUCAUCACUUGAUCACUGACUUCAGCUCAGCAAAGAGCCUGUCAGCGCCUGCAUUAUAUGACAUCCCGGUAUCGGACAGCAUUCAGCAGCGCUACCAUGCCGUCUCUGCGACACUCCUACACGGUGACAACCCUGGAGGAACCGGCCGCUUUCCCCUUGGACAAACCCGACCUGCGGCGCAAGAGUCCUUCGCUGUCCCGGUCCAUGCUGGUGUCCACAUUCAUGGGUCUGAUCAUCAACCAGGCCAAGAACAAGAGUCCUCAAGGUCUGGUGGGACUGAGGAACCUGGGGAACACUUGUUUCAUGAACUCCAUCCUGCAGUGUUUGAGUAACACUCCAGAGCUGAGAGAUUACUGCCUGAGAAACGUCCAUCGCACAGACCUCAACAACAACUGCAGGACUAACACUGCUCUCAUGGAAGAGUUUGCGAAGCUGACUCAAAGCCUGUGGACUUCUGUGAGCAACGAGGCCAUCAGUCCCUCCGAUUUCAGGAACCAGAUACAGAGAUACGCUCCCAAAUUUGUGGGCUGCAACCAGCAGGACGCCCAGGAAUUUCUGCGUUCGUUACUGGACGGUCUCCACAGUGAAGUGAACCGAGUGACAGUCCGCCCUAAGGUGUCAGUCGAGGACUUUGACCACCUCUCGGAUGACGAAAAGGGCAAACGGAUGUGGAAUAUGUACUUGGAGAGAGAGGACAGCAAAGUAGUCGAUCUGUUCGCUGGACAGCUGAAAAGCUCUCUGACCUGCACCGUCUGUAACUUCCGCUCCACUGUGUUUGAUCCGUUCUGGGACCUAUCAAUACCUAUUGCACAGAAGAGCUCAGGUGAAGUGACUCUCAAAGAUUGUUUGAGACUCUUUACAAAAGAAGAUGUGCUGGAUGGAGAUGAGAGACCAACAUGCAACAGAUGCAAAGCCAGAAGGAAAUGCACCAAAAGGUUCAGCAUCCAGAAGUUCCCUCAGAUCCUUGUGCUUCACCUGAAGCGUUUCUCAGACUCCAACAUCCGGCCGAGCAAACUCUCCACUUACGUAAACUUCCCUCUCAAAGAGCUGGACCUGCGGGAGUUUGCAUCAGAGAGCAGCGAGCGAGCAGUGUAUAGCCUGUACGCAGUAUCCAACCACUCUGGAAAUGCUGUGGGAGGCCAUUACACGGCUUACUGCAAGAACCCGGCGCUGGGGGAGUGGUACAGCUACAACGACUCCAGGGUGAGCCCAAUGUCCUCAAGCCAGGUUCGCAGCAGCAACGCCUAUGUCCUCUUCUACGAGCUGACCACUUCCUCACACAGUAAAUAUCAGACAUGCCGGCUUUAGACUCUGUGGCGGAGCAGCAGGCUGUUGGGGCCUGGAAUCAGACACUGCCUUUUAGGAGAGAGCUCCACCUAGUGGAGGAAGUUCAGCUAUUACAGACUGUGAAUAUGGAGUACAAAGACGUUGCUGAGGGGGGAAAAAAACCUUUAAUCUUCAUCUCAAUGCGUUUUUGAGAGAAAAAACUUCAGUAUUUAAAGCUGAGGUCGUAUCUUGGGUGGAACUGAACUGACGCUGGGAAAAUACUUCUUCCAUUGCCAAAAAAGUAUAGAAAUUCACCUCCAGGCGUAGCUGUCGGUCAAGCCUAAGAUAUCUGUUUGGAGUACAAACAGAUAUCUUGAGAUGGAUGUUUUCUAGUUCAUUUUCAUUCCCCAAAAAAAUGAUAUUUUACAGCUGUUCCUGGUCCAGAAUUUCAUACCUUUUGUUCUCAAUCAAGUGUGUUUGUGUUUCAGUUUUUUUUCUUUUUUGUACUCUUAACAUGGACUAUUAACCCUAAGGACAUUAUUGUUUUAGGACAUUACGGAGACUUGUCCCACACACUGACUGCGAGAUAUAAUUUAUUCUAUUUAAUAUGAUGCCAGUAAUUUAAAGUGCAUACUGUCUAUGUCAUGUAACAAAGGCUUGGGGUUUUCCUCUUGAAACAGUCGAAAUCCACCAAAGGAGAGGGGAUGUUUUAUGACAAAGCACAUUUUAUUUUUGUACAGUAUUUAUGCGCAGCACAGUUGAUGUACUGUUCUGUGGAAAAGCCAGACAUACCAAAGCAGCUGUGUAAAUAUGCACCAGUAAUACUUCUUCCAGGAAUAAAGUUGCUGACUUUACAUCUAA